GUUUGCUUUCCUUUUGUAUGAUUGCUUUGAGACGCGCUUCUUCUCUUCCUGAAUCCUCACUUAAUGACAUCAAUAGAAAAAACACCUGAGUACGAAAAGUUUAUUGCUGACUUGAAAGCUUUUCAUGACAGAAAGGGGUACUGCCUUAUACGGUUCUCAUAUAUUAGAUCUACAUUGAAACUCAUCUAUUCUUUAAUGCAAUCUAUUCAAACAGUACAACUUUACAGGUCGAACCCGUAUUAGGUGGCAAAAAGUUAGACCUGUUACGAAUUUAUAAAACAGUAAUGGCAGCAGGCGGUUAUGAACAGGUUACGCUGAAUCGUGGAUGGAAACAAGUUGGUGAUCCUUUUAACUUUCCAGCAACUUGUACAAAUAGUGCUUAUAUUUUGAAAGCUGUAUACACAAAAUAUUUGUUGGGUUGGGAAGAAGAGAUGCACUGGAAACGACCAUGGAAUCCGCCUGCGGAUCUAUUAGCGAAUCAGCCAAAAACUGCAUCCCCAAAAACGAUACAGCCACAUCGAGACAUACCUAGCCGACAUACAGGCACAGCAUUCAUUCAACCCAUCAGUAGACCACCACAAAACUUUCCACCUUUGCCACAACAUUUACAACAUCAGCAACAACAACCAUUUUUAACACAAGUGCCAGUUUUUAGGGAUCAAGAAUUCAAAACACGUAUAUUAUUAUCGCUUCAAUCAAGCUUACCAAACGAAAUUGAUUGGUCAUUCAACACUUUAAUUAAAUUCUCAUAUGCAGCCGAAUACUUUAGCUUAGACUUUAUACCAAUGCUGAUUGAUCUUCUAUUGGAUUUUACAGUGGAAUUCUUUCAACGCGAUGUUGAAAGUAUGAAUAAUAGCAGUAGUACUACCACCAACAGUAACGAUGACGACCGUAUCAGCAAUAAUGACAAUAGAGAUGGCAGCAUGACAGACGUAUUCUGCAGUAAAGCUCAACAAGAAACUUAUGAAAGAGUAUUGCAAGUAUUCCACAUCCUACGAAACUUCAGUUUUGUGGAAAUGAAUAUUCGCCGCUUAGCAAUGCACGAGCGACUUGUCUCGUUCUUAAUGAAAGGCGUCAAUUUACCACCAGACUCACAGUAUGGCGAGUUAAGCCGGCAUUGUUUGGACAUAUUAGAGAAUAUUGCACCACAAGUAAUAUUAUCAGGCCGCAACGACCCCUAUUUAAAGACGAUGUUCCGUUUAUUGUUCAGUAAUGAUCGUGCGUUUAUUUUGGGUGCCAUUCGCGCCUUAACAAGAGUAGCCGUCACGGAAACAAAUGAGCGUGUUUUGAGUUUUGCAGAUGCGGAUGUGAUAGGGCGUAUGUCCCAAUUCUUAAUGAUUGACGACGAAGAGUUAGAAGCAGCAACUUUGGAAUAUUUAUAUCAGUAUUCCAGCUUGAGGGGCAAUUUUUCAACACAGCUAUUAAAGUGUUAUCCGGGAAAUUUGAUUGGAUUAUUGACAGGUUUUCUAUCAUACAAGUCAUCAUUGGCACCAGCCGCUCCAACGCCCAACGGUACUAUACAUGGUAUACCCGCUGCACAAAAUAUCAAACAUUUAGUGCCUACAGAAUUACAGCAGCCUCCUAGUAUUCCUGAUUUGACCAAUUACGCUAACCUUGACGAGCCUUAUAGAUGUUUAGGAUGGUUAAAAAAUCAGUUAUUGAAUGGCACAGAUCAAGAUACUAUUGUAUUCAAAGAGCUAUUCCAAGGAUAUCAAAGGCUGUUUGGUGCAGAAAAACCGUUAGGAUUAAAAGAAUUCUAUACAGUACUGAAGAUUGCGUUCCCUCAACCUCCUCAUGUCGAACAGAUCUUCAAUGGCCCACAGCCAUUAGACACAGUACUUCAUAAUGUGAAAUACUCCCCCACUAGGAGAAGAGAGGGCCCAGAGUGUCAUUGGAACGGUUGCACUGCCAGUUUUGAAACUCCUGUAGAACUACAUAAGCAUAUUCUCGAACAUAUCAAAGACAAAGAUCGUUGUCAAUGGAUGAAUUGUUCUAAGCGUUUUACGGAGCACUCAAAAUCACAAGUCAUUCAACAUCUUCGAACUCAUUUUGCAGGCAAAAUUAAGAAACAAACAUCAAUGAAGAGAAAGUUCCUUGUGCCCAAAACGCCCGUUGAUGAUUCAGAAGUGUCUGGUAUUCCCUUAACAUCCGCUUUAUUGUUAAGGAAUUUGGCAAGAUAUAAGCAACAUCACAUACACUAUUUACCUUACGAAAGUGAAUUAAUAUUAUUAGCAAUGCAAAGACCCAAAAUAUCGAAAUAUGUCCUUACCGUGUUGGGAGAAUUGCAAGCCCAUACCAACUAGUCUCGUAACGAUAAAACACUUUGUCGCUCUUCACAAUAAAAUAUAAUAUCAUUCUUUAAGAGUAAUAUCUCGAGCUAUUUAAUUAAGUUUUUAUGUCGUAUAAUAGUAUAGAAUGUUUUGUACAGCUAUUGCACAAGCGCCACUGUGGCUCUUUGAUCAUAAUAGCGCUAUUCUUAUUAAUCUGGUAAGAUGUAUUGAAACGCCACAGAAUUUAAUGUUCAUCAUUACAGCUUAUUUGUGAUAGAAUAAGGAAUAUG